AUGGUCGAUAGUAAGGAGAACAAAUUUGAUGCGGGAGUUAAAGGGUUAAACGGUAUUUUCUCGAUACAAUUAGGUGUUGACUUGUCACUAUAGAGUCUAGUCUUUCUUAGUGGAACACUAUUUUCCAGUUCACAUUUUACGAAAUAAUGCUGGCCCAAUGAAACAUUUGACUUGGAAGUAAAUGCUACUUUUCGUAGAACACGUAUGUGACUUGAAGGAGAUAUUAUCGGCCAUUAGAGGAGAUAUGAGGUUACAAGGGAUCAUCAAGUAAGUUUUAAAUAACGUAGGGGGGGUCACUUGACAUCUAAAUGUCCCGGAAGGGAAAGGGGCUUGUAAAAAGUUCAAUCUUUCCAACAGAUACUUCCUGUACGGUCAUUAAGAGCGACCGAACCUGGGUCCAUAUCGGCUAUAGUAAUGGUGUUUCUCCCGGUAACCACCACCAAAACGAGUGUUUUUGAGAAAAGCAUGAACAACUUCUUGGAAUUCUUCAGCACUAGUCGUGCUUACGACGCCAUCUAA